AUGCAAAAGUUAAAGCGUAUCUUCUCUCCGAACACAACUUCCCCAGCCACCGAAGACUCGGAGAGAAAAUCGCAAAAAUACAAAACCUUUCGUCGAACAAAUUCUGGUUCCAGUGUGUUAGAUGCUUCGAAGAAGAAAAAGGAUGUUGGUGGUAGCCAUUCUUACCGAAGUGGUGCCCACCGUUCUCUGCAACCGCCACCUAGAAGCGAUUCUGAUGAUUCCAUGAUAAAUCCUGGAACUUUACAUUUGGACAUAAAUGCUUCCCGGAAUAGCAAUGGCAGUAAUAAAAAUGAACUUAUAUCUCAAUUCAACAAUUCACCAUCCGGGCCCCACCCUACCACCACCACUUAUCUGAAACCAAACAACGAAUCAUCUCUCUCAACAACAGCAUCUAACAAAAUCGAAGUUUCACAAUCGCCAACCACUCGACAGAAUGAAGCCGACGAAUUUAUACAGAAAGCAAUACAAUAUCACGAGGCAAAUGAAUUAGAAAAGGCUACUUAUUAUUUUAAAUUGGCUGCUGAUAAGGAUAGCCCUCUGGGAUUAUUCUUAUACGGUAUUUCGUUGAGACAUGGAUGGGGUUGCAAGCCGAAUGUCAAACUCGCAGUGCGAUACCUACAGAGGGCAGCGGAGUCUGCCGUUUCCGACCUUCACACUUCGGUGGCUGCAAAUCCAAGUAUUGCUCGUCAUGAGUUGGUGUUGGCGAUUUACGAAUUAGGGGUAUGUUUCCGUCAUGGGUGGGGAGUGCCAAAGAAUAAACAAUCGGCGGCCUAUUACUUUGAAAUAGCGGCAAAUCUUGGUGAUCCAGAUGCACAGAAUGAUAUAGGAUUUUGUUACUAUCGUGGCGAAGGCGUUAAAAAGGAUAUGAAGAAGGCCGCUAGGUAUUAUCGAAUGGCUGCUGCUCAGGGUUCAGGAAUUCUGGGAAAUUCUUGGAUUUUUAAAACGAAAUAUGACGAAUAA